AAGACGGGGAGGAGGAGCCGCGCGCGGUGGCGGCGGCGGCGGCAGCUGCGGCCGCCGGGGGAGCCGAGCGCCGGGGCGCGGGGAGCGCGCGGAACGCGGGAGCCGAGCGGCCGCCGACCCCGGGCCGCGGGCCGAGCUGCGGAUUGGCCAACGGCUCCUUUCAACCCUGCCUCGUUGGUGGCCACUGGAGAAGCGCGGGGGGCUCCCCAGACAGCCGUGGGGACAAGUUAGAGCCAGCACUUGACCCCGGGCCUCGCGUGUAGCUCCCCUCCCCCCCCGCUCUAGGUGCCCCGGUGUCUGGAGGGGGGGGGUGCGGGUGCGGGGGUGUGCCCUCCGUACACGUCCCAGCACCCGGGCAACCCUCGGGGCUUGUGUUCCAUCUCGCUCUUUCUUCCUGCACGGUGGUCGAGGGGAACCACUUGGCAUCAUGUCCCGGUAUAGCUACCAAAGUCUCCUGGACUGGCUCUAUGGGGGCGUGGACCCCAGCUUUGCAGGCAAUGGGGGCCCCGACUGUGCUGCCUUCCUCCCUUGGCAGCAGCGGCUGCUGGAAAGUGUGGUGGUCCUGACCCUGGCCCUGUUGGAGAUCCUGGUGGCCCUGCGGCACAUCCUGAGGCAGACGAAGGAGGACGGUAGGGGUGGCCGUGGCUGCCAGCCAGAUAAGGUGACCCAGCGGCCAGAGGAAGGCAAGGAGAGCCUGAGCAAGAAUCUGCUCUUAGUAGCCCUGUGCCUGACCUUCGGGGUGGAGGUGGGCUUUAAGUUCGCCACCAAGACCGUCAUCUACCUGCUCAACCCCUGUCACCUGGUCACCAUGAUGCAUAUCUUUCUCCUGGCCUGCCCUCCAUGUCCUGGGGCUAUCGUCGUCUUCAAGCUCCAGAUGCACAUGCUGAAUGGAGCGCUUCUAGCUCUGCUGUUUCCUGUGGUGAAUACCCGGCUGCUCCCCUUCGAACUGGAGGUUUACUACAUUCAGCAUGUUAUGCUAUACGUGGUACCCAUCUACCUGCUUUGGAAAGGAGCUGUGCUACCCAUUGCCCUGAGAAGUCAUGUGCUGAACCUUUACCACCCACCUCAAACUUCCCGUCCUCCCCACCGUCAACCAAGGACUGAGAAAACAGAGAUUUCCAGGUGCUUACACCCCAGAGCCCCUCAGCAGUUUCCGGUGGGCCCUUCUCUCAACUGGCCUCAUGUUCUUUUACCACUUCAGCGUCUUGCAGAUCCUGGGCCUGGUCACCGAAGUGAAUUUGAACAACAUGCUGUGUCCGGCCAUCUCAGACCCAUUCUACGGCCCCUGGUAUCGCAUCUGGGCCUCGGGACACCAGACUCUCAUGACCAUGACCCACGGGAAGCUGGUCAUCCUGUUCUCAUACAUGGCUGGGCCCUUGUGUAAAUAUCUGCUGGAUUUGCUCCGGCUUCCAGCCAAGAAAAUAGACUGAAGGUGCUUGUCUUCUUUUUUUUUUUUUUUUUUUUUUCCUCCCCGAGGAAGCAAGUCCUGACUUGACUUGGAGAACACCCAGUUCUUGACGAAAUCAUGGGGAGAGGGCAGUAGGAUGUUUGGUGUAUUUCUUUUUCCUUCUCCUCUCUGUCCCUUUCUUCCACCAUGCUUCCUUCCCCAGCUCUCCCCCCCAGGAUAUCUCCUGGAGCCGGGGGGGGGGGGUCGUGCCAAGGGCUGGAUUCUUUCUCCUCCCCUUUGGCUCUUCCUCCCUGCUCCUAGUGGCCUUACAUGGGCGACAGUAGUCAGUGGUUUUCACUCUGCUUGUUGGUGCUUUAAGGACAGCUGGUUGAGAGGACGGGAAAUAACAAGCGGCAGUUCUCUUGGCACUGAAGUGAUGAGGUUUGGUUGGGUUUCCUUUCUCCACUGCCAGGGACCUCCAGGCUUACGCUGGGGUCCCCCCUUUGUCUCCAGCACAGCCCCCACCAUAAUGGGACCAAGGCCUUGUUUCUAUACCAGCGGCAAGCCAAGAGCCAAGGGAUUUCCCAGCUUAUGGCCAAAAUAGAACCUGCCAGAGUCUUCCCACUGGUGUCCCAUGACUCAAAGCAAGCAGCCAACCAGCCACUCCCUCCAAAAUGCUGCCUGCGGUGGGAGGUGGGGGCGCUCCUUGGCCCCAGGACUAGAUUCCGGUGAGGGGGAUGGAGAGCUGUUGCGAUGGCAGAUCCAAAGUGAACAAGUGGAAAAUAGCCACCACUCUUUACUAGGCAGGACCUUGGGUAAAUUCUGCCUGAGAGAACCAAGAAGUGACCCAUAUCCCGAUCAGAAGUGAGCGUUAGAAAAUCAUCAACGGAAGUGGUAACUUGAGAAAACUGUGAUUUGAAUCAUGUGCUCCAUUUUAGUUGAAUGUUUGAUAGUAGAUGCCAUUUUAAUCUUGAGUGCCCCUCAGUGUUUCUCUCUCUCUCUCUCUAAAAGGCAGCUUCAGGGAAGGGUGAGCUGGAGUUGGGUUUUUUGCCUUUUUUUUUUUUUCUUUUUAAUUUGUUUGCUCCCUUGUUUUUGGAAGUUUGAAUUCGGAGAAUCCUUGCGUCAGGGGCCUGUCUCCGCAGGGGCUCCUAUCCCUCCGUUCUGUGCUUUCACAGACUAUGUCAGCAUCCUGGGUUGGGGGAAGAAGAUACAGAUCCCGCUGAUGUUGUCACCCUAGGGCCAUGUGUCGUCACUACAGCCAGAUUCCAUGCUGAAUUGUUUCACAUGGGGGCAUCACACACUCCUCCACCCUCCACCAAGCCCACCCCCAAAGCCCAUGUCUGGGUUGCAAAGGACGUGCCAAGAAAUCAGGUCCCCGUGGGUGCAGGUUCAAGUGCUUUAAGAGGAAGACCUUUUGUCCAAAGACUUGAGCUCAGUCACGCAGGGACUUCAAGGAGGGAACCAGUGGCGGGGCAUUUGCUGACUCCUUGUGGGCUCUAACUAAGGACAAGUUUGCCUAAGAACAGGAAAGGUGAUUCAGUGACUUCCUCUGAUGGCCCCACCCCACCCCUACUCUAGGGGUUGCCCUGGGCUGGUCCUGUAUUCUGGGCGUUACUGUAUUAUAAUAGACCUAGAUUGAGCUUCAGCGACUCAGUGGUCGGACCUACAGAAAGCAGCAGGGUGCAGGAGAGUCUCCUGGAGCAAGGUGAGGCCCGGGAAGUAGCCGCGGGAGGGACCGCCCUUCUGCAGAGGCCUGCUGGCGCAGAGACGAUCGAUCAGUUCCCAGGACGUGGUGGGGGAACCCGAGGGAGAACACCGAAUACUCUGACUCCCCUUGAGCUCCUCCUGACGCAUACUCUUCAUUUUCAGCACCCCCCAACCCCCGAGGGCUUGGCCAAGUUUGUCUCAGUGCCUCUUACUGUCGGGGUGUCCUCCAGAAGGGCCCCGUGAGCAACUGGAUCCACCCUGCCCGCCAUAGGGAUGGCCGAUAAGAAAAUGCCCAAGGCCUCAGUGCCCCUUGGCUCUUUACAAAAAGAGAGGUU